GACCUUCUUCAACCAAACACCCCAAACAACCAAACAUUGAUACCGACAUUUAUUUUAAGCUGUUCAUCUCGACAGCCUCGAAAGCCAACUCAAAGCUUUCGGUCUCGGUAUCUUCAUCAAAAUGGCAACUGCAGCCCCCAGACAGCUGGGCAUCACUCCGCCUUUAUCUACCGCGCUUCCAACUGAUGCCGAGAAGCAAGCAACCGAUGCGCUGAUUGAAGAAAUGACAAAAGAGAAUCUUUUUGAAAGCCGCGCCGAUACCGAAAAAAGAUCCGCCGUCCUUGCUUCUUUACAAUCCAUCACCGAAGAAUUUGUCAAACGCGUCUGCAGAAAGCAAAACUUACCGGAGAACAUCGUCAAUAAUGCCGGCGGUAGAAUCUUUACAUAUGGCAGUUUUCGACUUGGUGUAUAUGGACCUGGCUCUGAUAUCGAUACUCUGGUUGUCGUACCCAAGAACGUUUCUCGCGAAGAAUAUUUCGAACUUUUUCCAGAUCUUCUCGUUGAAAUGGCGCCAGAAGGAGCUAUUGAAGACCUAACGCCUGUUCCGGAAGCCUUCGUGCCAAUCAUUAAGUUUGAAUAUUCAGGCAUCAGCAUCGAUCUGAUCUUCGCACGCAUUGAAGUACUUACUCAGAUUUCAAGGUCCCUAAGCUUGAACGACGACAACUUAUUAACGGGCUUGGAUGAAGCUGGUCUACGCUCUCUAAACGGAACGCGAGUUACCGAUGAUAUUUUGAAUUUAGUACCGGAAAAGGCAGUAUUCAGAACUGCUUUGAGGGGCGUUAAACUUUGGGCGCAGAGACGAGCUAUCUAUGCAAACAUUAUGGGGUUUCCUGGAGGAGUCGCCUGGGCGAUGCUGGUGGCCAGAGUCUGUCAAUUAUAUCCACAAGCAACUGCCUCUACAGUCAUCCUCAAAUUUUUCCGCAUUAUGUCUCAGUGGCAGUGGCCGCAACCAGUCUUACUGCAGGCAAUUAAAGGUGGUAAGCUUAAUGUUCGUGUCUGGAAUCCAAGAGUUUAUAAAGGCGACGGUUACCAUCUUAUGCCAAUUAUUACCCCCUCGUACCCUUCUAUGUGUGCUACUCACAAUAUAACAAAGUCAACCAAAGAGAUCAUUUGCCGGGAACUUGCUCGCGGAGGGAAUAUUACGGACAGAAUUAUGACGGGCAAGGCAUCUUGGAAAGACUUGUUCGUCAAACACACAUUCUUCACCAAAAAUUACAAAUACUACCUUUCCGUCAUCUCCGCCAGUACUACAAAGGAGGCUCAACUUAUAUGGGCCGGUUUGGUUGAAUCGAAAGUUAGACUUUUAGUUGCUAAUGUAGAAAACCAUGAAUCAAUUGCGUUGGCACAUCCAUUCAACAAGGGAUUCGAACGAGUUCACAAAUGCAGUUCCGAGGAUGAAAUCGAAUCGGUAAAAGAGGGCAAUCUGCAAUACCAGAUCAAAGAAAUCCCAACAGUGACUACGGACCCAUCCCAUGAUACAACUUUAGGAACUGCGGUGAAGGACCAGAAUGGAGAUGCACCAAAAUCCGAACCCGAGAAGAAGGAAUCACUGGUUUACACAACAACACAUUAUAUCGGCCUCGAGCUUCGCGAAGGCGCUAAAUCGCUCGACCUUGCAUGGUGUGUUGAUGAGUUCAAGCGAGUGUGUAGAAGUUGGGAGAAGUAUAAUGAGGAGCUUAAUACCUUAUCUGUCGUUAACACUCGAAACUGCGACCUUCCAGACGACGUCUUUACUGAAGGCGAGGUCAAGCCAACUCGUUCCCAAAAGAAGAAGAAGCGUUCUUCAGCAGAUGUAUGUUAAAGCCAAUCCCUCGUUCGGGAUGUGGCCCAAGGUUAAAGGCGGAAGAUCUCGUUUUCGAUUGGGAUUUUUCUCAGAUAAAUUCCAAGCAUUACUAACACUUUAUUAGGACGUUGAAAAUGCAUCCACAAAGAGACGGCAGGUAGUUGCUGCUGGAUAAUGAUUCAGUGCGGAACCAUAUCCUCUCUUACUCUACUAUCAUUGAUGGUAUCUAACGACAGGCUUGCUCUACAUUAGCUUUAGAUCAUUGGGAUCGUAUAAUCAGAUUUGAAAAGAAGAAAACCCAAAAAAAAAACGGAAAAACGACCAACUUAAUAACUUACUGACCUGAGGCAGUUCGCAUCAACAAGUUCAUUUAUCCAUUCAUUUCAUUAAGUAAAUCUUUAAGUAUCACCUACUUCCUUGAUAUUCCUUCGGGGUAAACCCGUAAUAAUGAAAAUUCAUAUUCAGGCCUGGGUACAGUGUUGAGGCAAAUUGAAAGGGCAUAUCCUCCUGAAAAUAAUCCGGCACCGGCGUUCUUAGAGGCUAUCGCUUCACUUUGUGAUUGAGGGUUGAGGGAAAGGGAGGAGUUUGUCAAGUGAAAAUGACACGACAGCACGCAUUGGUUGAAAGAUGCAGCGGGAACUAGUCUGGGCCAUUUUCAAAUGACAUGACUACAUAGAUGACUAUGUAUUUUAAGAAAUCAAUACAAUUCCGAUUCCGAGACUACGUGUCUCACA